CAGACUCGACGAACCUCACGGAAGAUGCAAAAGAAAAAGGACCCUCUGCUUGCUGAGUGUCAUCCCCUCUGUGAAGAUGAGACCAUGGUUCCGGUUGUGACUUCAAAAAAAGCCAGUGAACUACCUGUGAACGAGGUGGCCUGUUUACUGCAGGCUGACCUGCAGUUUGGUCUCACCCAGGAGGAGGUAGCACGACGCCGCGCUUACCACGGAUGGAACGAGUUUGAUAUCAGUGAAGAUGAACCACUCUGGAAAAAAUACAUCUUGCAGUUUAAAGACCCUCUCAUCUUGUUGCUGCUGGCUUCCGCUGUAAUCAGUGUGUUGAUGCGACAGUUUGAUGAUGCUGUCAGUAUCACCGUGGCCAUUAUUAUUGUUGUUACAGUUGCCUUUGUACAGGAAUACCGCUCAGAAAAGUCCCUAGAGGAGCUGGGAAAACUUGUGCCUCCAGAAUGCCACUGCGUUCGAGAAGGACGUCUGGAACACCUUCUGGCACGAGAGCUUGUCCCUGGAGACACCGUCUGUCUGUCUGUGGGAGAGAGAGUCCCGGCCGACCUGCGCCUGUUCGAGGCGGUGGAUCUGACAGUUGACGAGUCCAGCCUGACAGGAGAAACCGCCCCCUGCACCAAGACCUCCGCCCCACAGCCAGCUGCCACCAAUGGCGAUAUCACAUCACGAAGUAACAUCUCCUUCAUGGGGACACUGGUGCGAUGUGGGAAGGCCAAGGGCAUUGUCAUUGGUACUGGAGAAAAUUCUGAAUUUGGUGAGGUUUUUAAGAUGAUGCAAGCAGAGGAGGCUCCCAAAACCCCCUUACAGAAAAGCAUGGAUUUGCUUGGGAAACAACUCUCCCUCUAUUCCUUCGGGAUUAUUGGGGUUAUCAUGAUGGUUGGAUGGCUUCAGGGGAAGAACAUACUAGACAUGUUCACAAUAGGUGUUAGCUUGGCCGUGGCAGCUAUCCCAGAGGGCCUCCCCAUCGUGGUGACAGUCACUCUGGCCCUGGGAGUGAUGAGGAUGGUAAAGAAACAGGCGAUUAUAAAGAAGCUGCCCAUAGUGGAGACACUGGGCUGCUGUAAUGUCAUAUGCUCCGAUAAGACAGGCACUCUUACUAAGAAUGAGAUGACAGUCACUCACCUGUUUACUUCUGAUGGACAACACGCUGAGGUCACAGGCGUCGGGUACAACAAUGCCGGUGAGGUGUUGCUGGAUGGUGAGUUGGUGCAUGGCUUCUACAACACUUCCAUCAGCAAGAUUGUAGAGGCUGGCUGUGUGUGCAAUGAUGCAGUGAUCAGGAACAACACCCUGAUGGGACGUCCCACCGAGGGUGCCCUCAUUGCCCUUGCUAUGAAGAUGGGUUUGGAGGGUUUGCAGCAGGAGUUUGUGCGAUUGGAAGAGAUUCCCUUCUCCUCAGAGCAGAAAUGGAUGGCAGUCCGUGUCAUCCAUCGCACUCAGCAGGACAAGCCUGGUGUGUUAUACGUGAAGGGCGCAUACGAGCAGGUCAUUCGCUUCUGUACUUCCUACAACAGUAAAGGAGUCAAUCUGCCUCUGAACAAUCAGCAGAGAGAUCUCUACCAGCAACAAAAGAGCUACAUGGGCACUGCGGGUCUCAGAGUGUUGGCGUUUGCCUCUGGAUCUGAGAUGGGUGCUCUCACCUUUCUUGGGCUGGUGGGAAUCAUUGACCCUCCCAGAGCAGGAGUGAAAGAUGCCAUUACGACACUGAUCAGCUCUGGGGUGGCGGUGAAAAUGAUCACAGGCGAUUCUCAAGAGACUGCAGUAUCAAUAGCGAGUCGGCUGGGCAUCUACACCAAAGGUUCCCAAUCUCUGUCUGGAGAUGAAGUCGACCAUAUGGACCUCCAGCAGCUCUCUCAGAUAGUGUCUAGGAUUGUGGUAUUCUACAGAGCCAGCCCAAGACACAAGUUAAAAAUAGUGAAGUCCUUACAGAAUAUUGGUGCAGUUGUUGCCAUGACGGGAGACGGUGUUAAUGAUGCAGUGGCACUGAAGGCAGCGGACAUCGGCGUGGCUAUGGGUCAGACCGGCACUGAUGUCUGCAAGGAGGCAGCAGACAUGAUCCUUGUGGAUGAUGAUUUUCAAACCAUCCUGUCUGCCAUUGAAGAGGGGAAAGGGAUCUACAACAACAUUAAAAACUUUGUGCGCUUUCAGCUGAGCACGAGCAUUGCUGCUCUCACCCUCAUCUCCUUAGCAACGCUCAUGAACUUCCCCAACCCUCUGAAUGCCAUGCAAAUCCUCUGGAUUAACAUAAUCAUGGAUGGACCUCCAGCUCAGAGUUUGGGUGUGGAGCCUGUCGAUCGGGAUGUGAUCAGGAAACCCCCACGGAAUGUACGAGACAGCAUCCUCACGCGCAGUCUGAUAGCGAAAGUCCUCGUGUCGUCCUUCAUUAUCGUGUGCGGAACUUUGUUUGUGUUCUGGAGAGAGCUGCGGGACAAUGAGAUCACACCACGGGACACCACCAUGACGUUUACUUGUUUCGUGUUCUUCGAUAUGUUCAACGCUCUCAGUUCCAGAUCACAGACGCGGAUGGUGCAUGAGAUGGGCUUAUGCAGUAACAGGAUGUUCUGCUACGCUGUGCUGGGCUCUAUCAUGGGCCAACUCCUGGUCAUCUAUUUCCCUCCUCUGCAGAAGGUCUUUCAAACUGAGAGCCUCAGCAUUUUAGAUCUGCUAUUCUUGGUGGGCCUCACAUCCUCUGUGUGCGUGGUGUCUGAGGUUAUAAAGAAAUUAGAGAGACUCAAAGGUGGAGAGAAAACUACUGACAAUGAUGAUUUCCAUGAUGUAUGACGCAUAUUGUGUCACAUGCAGAGAAUGUUUGGAGUGGCUUGAAGGGUGACUGGGUGUUGUUUGGAAUGUCGUCUGGGCUGGUCUCAUACCAUACAAUACAAAUAGGAGUGAGCCGUCGAAUCCAACCUGUAUGUACAGUUCCUUUUUGGGGUCAUCAUGACCAGCAAAAAUGGAGCUGAUUGUGGAAGAAUGCACUGGCCUGUGCCCUUGGAGAUGCUUUGGAGUGCUGCUUUAUGGCUGUACUACUACCUGUGGGAUCUGGACAAACUUAAUUUAUAAGAUACUGUAUCUGUCCAUACAGUGGCUGUCUUGAUUUCAUGAUUUAAAUGAUGUAUUAUGUUUUAUAUAUACAUGUGUGUGUGUGUGUGUGUGUGUGUGUGUGUGUGUAUAUAUAUAUAUACAUACAUAUAUAUACAUAUACACACACAUAUACAUACACAUUCUGGCGGCCAAAGGUUUGGAAUAAUGUACAGAUUUUGCUGUUUUGGAAGGAAAUUGGUACUUUAAUUCACCAAAGUGACAUUCAACUGAACACAAAGUAUAUUCAGGACAUUACUGAUGUAAAAAACAGCCCCAUCACUAUUUGAAAAAAAUAAUCUUUUAUCAAAUCUAGACAGACCUCAUUUCCAGCAGCCAUCACUCCAACACCUUAUCCUAUAUCAGAGUCUCUAGUUUGAGAAAUAGAUGCCUCACAGGUCUUCAGCUGACAAAGAAACACAGACAUUGGACAGUAGUUCAUUGGAAAAGAGUGUUAUGGAUCUUAACUCCAUUGAGCAUUUGUGGGAUCAGCUAGAGUUAGGUGUGUGAGAAGUGCCCGAAAAGACUGUCAAGUGCUACAGGAAGUGUGGGGUGAAAUGUCACCUGAGUAUCUGGACAAACUGACAGCUACAAUGCCAUGGAUUUGCAAAGCUGUCAUUGCUGCACGUGGAUGAUUUUUUUGAUGUGAACUUGUUUAAGAAUUUAUUUUUUAUUUUUUUCAAAUUGUAAAAUAUACACUGUGAUCAGUUGAAUGCCACUUUUGUGCAUAAAAGUACCAAUUAAUUUCCAUAAGAGCAAAAUCUGUACAUUAUUCCAAACUUAUGAGCUUGUGUGUGUGUAUAUGUAUAUAUAAUUAUUAUUAAAAGUAUUUGGUCUUUUUAAAACCUUUCUUUUGAAAAUUUCUGGUUAGAGGCUUGUGGAACAAUAUGGAAAAUACCUUUUAUGCAUUCAAAUUCUAAAUAAUGCUUUAAUAAUCAUUUAUUUUCUUUGCAUAGGAGAAUGCUGUAAAUCUGUGUUCAUGAGUAGAUGAUUAUUUCAGUGUACGAUGGAACGGACCACUUAAAAUCAUGUUUUAGGUCACCAUACUUGUUACACUGACAACUGGAUAAGCAUAAUUUUACAUACAUGGUUAUACAUUCAUUUUAUAACACCAUGAAACAGCCAGACUGUAGAGACUGGACUAUACACUGCAAAAGUCAGAUUUUAUAAUCUGCAUCUACUUAUUUUGGAAGAUUAUAGGAGCCACCUUAAUGAUGGCAUUGAGAUUACAGGGUUCCAUUUUAUGAUUGCUUCCAAGGCACAUGCACUACAAGUUUGAAGCCUUUAAAAUGUACAAAUACCCAAUUCUCAGUUCAAGAGUACUUGCACCUUUUCCCCCAAUUUGGAAUGCCCAAUGUGCUCGAAAUCCUACGGUCAGCGGAGGACGAAUCUCAGUUGCCUCAGUGUCUGAGACCAUCAAUCCGCGCACAUCACGUGGCUUGUUGAGUGCAUUACCGCAGAGACACAGCAUGUGUGGAGGCUUCAUGCUAUUCUCCGCGGCAUCCACGCACAACUCACCAUGCCCCCCACAGAAAGCGAGAACCACAUUAUAGUGACACUAGACAACUAGAGGUUACCCCAUGGGACUCUACCCUCCCUAGCAACCGGGCCAAUUUGGUUGCUUAGGAGACCUGGCUGGAGUCACUCAUUAUGCCCUAGAUUCGAACUCACAACUUCAGGGGUGGUAGUCAGCGCCUUUACUCGCUGAGCAAAGGAUUGCUUUUCCUAUCCUGUUAUAUAAUAUCUUGCCAUCUUAGGUGAACAAUUUGUAGUACAUUAAAUUAUACUGAUUUAUUUGUUGGUUAAAUGGUUGAUCAUUUGAUUAAAUGUUGAAGUGCAGAAUUAUUGAAUAGACCCCUCCUUAAACCCCCAUGCUGAAAACCCUCAGUGCAGCCCAUCAUAUUACUUAAUUUCCUUUUGCCAGCAUGGUCUUGUUACUGAGGGACACCUAAAAAUGUGUUUUUGCAGUAUGUAAUAAUAUUUCUUCUCUGGUAUUGAUGGCCACUUUGACCAUAUUUAUUAAUUAGUGGAAAGUAGUGGUCGCCCAUUCUGUUUUCAAGCACAGUUCUUGCUGUGAGAAAUCACAGCAACAUAAUUGUAUAGUAAAGUACUUGUAUAUACAAGACAUGAAGGGUGACAGGUUAAAGAUGAUUUUAUUUGGCAUUUUUUGUUUUCUCUAUUUUUAAGAUUAUAUUUAUUUGAUUGUGGUUUGCACAGCCAAAACCAGAAAUCUGUUGUGGUUAUUUCAAAACACAAUUGUACAAUAAAAUUUUUACAAAUUUAAAAAAUACUUUGUAUUUGAUGUUGUCGAUCUUUGUGUAGUAUGCUUACAUCAAUUAAACAUGCCUUUUGCAAGAAACAUAAAUCAAAAGAUUCCAAAAUUUGGCACAUUUUGGAGAAUACUUCAAUAGAUGCUGUACAUUUCAUAAAUUAAUAACACAACUGUACAUUUAAGGACUACAAGAGCUUGGUGAGUUUCAAGAGUGUUAUAGGCAUAAAGUGAUUUAAAGUCUUAUGUUGGCAAACAUAAACUGUCCAUUCAAUUAUAUUACAUACUAAAGUGCAUUGUAAAAACCUCUCAUAAUGAGGAAAUAAGAACCAGUGUUUUCAGACUCAUUCAGUUUGUAAAAACAAACUGAGAUUGUGUAUAAAGUGAUGCAUGCUGUAAGUACAGUGGACAUCUUUUGGGGUAAACCAUUCUGGAGAAUUUAAAAGCAGAAAUGCAAAGAUCAGAAUUGUUAAAGCUCUUGCAUCAGUUCUCCUGUAUAAGCAUGUGUUAUUUGCUUUACUGUAGUUAUGCAUCAUCAAAAUAAAUCAUAUGUAAUUUCUGUUUGCUCUACGUAUACAGUAUUUUGCAGAUACAUCAAGCAAAAGUUACCUGCUUUAUUGCCUUUACAUGGCAAUGAAAGGAGUUAAAAGAUUGUACAUACAUUUAUUUAGACUAGGUUAAGUCUCAUGUUAACACUUUGCAUAAGUGCAUUACUGUAAAUGCUAUUUUGUUUGUUUUUUAAAAACUGAGGGAAGAGUCAAAACCCCAUCUUCCCAGAUUGUUCC